UGUCUCAUCUCUCCUUCUUGGCACCAAUCCAACAUCUCUCUCUCUCUCAAAGUCUAUCCCAGACAUGUUCCUUCGGAAAUCUGGGACAUGGGUUCUGAUUUUUCUGGUGAUCUCUCCCACCAUCUUUUGCAAAUCUAUGUCUGCCCCCGAUCCUCGUUGGGCAGCGAAGAAGAGACGCAUGAGUCAGAAAGUUCGCAACAUGUUUUACCAUGCUUAUGACAACUAUAUGACUUACGCUUUUCCGCACGAUGAAUUAAAGCCUCUCACCAAAACACACACUGACUCCCUAGUUGAGCUUGGAAAUUUGAAGCUAGAACGUUUGCCGCAAGAGUAUAAUGGAUCAGCCCUUACACUUAUAGAAUCACUGUCCAGCCUUGUUAUCAUGGGGAACAACACAGAGUUCGAAAGGGCUGUUCUUUGGCUUUCUGAUUAUUUAACAUUUGAUGUUGAUGCAAGGAUAAAUCUUUUUGAGUGCAACAUAAGAGUUCUUGGAGGACUUGUUUCUGCUCAUAUUCUUGCAACUGAUUCUACGAACAGGUUGGUCCAAGGAAAUUACAAGAAUCAACUUCUUAAUCUGGCUGAUGAUUUGGGGCGGCGCCUUCUACCUGCUUUUGACACCCCCACAGGCAUGCCAUAUGCAUGGAUUAAUUUGAAGUAUGGGGUGAUGGACAAUGAGACAACUGAAACAAGCACGUCAGGGUGUGGUUCACUGAUUCUUGAAAUGGGAGCUUUGUCUCGAUUAACUGGUGACCCUAGAUUUGAGUCUGCAGCAUUGCGUGCUCUUCGUAAGUUAUGGAGCAUGCGGAGUUCUUUGAAUCUUCUAGGAACUACUUUGGAUGUAGAAACUGGAGAAUGGUUAGAGUACUCAUCUGGCAUAGGUGCUGGGGUCGAUUCAUUCUAUGAGUAUCUAAUAAAAGCCCACAUUCUUUUCGGAAAGGAUGAGUUUUGGAGGAUGUUUCAAUCUGCUUAUCUUGGGGUGCAGAAAUAUUUUAGACAUGGGCCAUGGUACCAUGAAGCUGAUAUGAGAACGGGACAAGCAACUUAUUGGCAACUAACAAGCCUUCAAGCAUUUUGGCCUGGUCUACAGGUACUUGUUGGAGAUAUUACAGCUGCUAACUCAUCGCACCGUGAGUUCUUUUCUGUAUGGGAGAGGUUUGGAGUAUUACCAGAAAGGUAUUUGCUGGAUCGUCAGAUGUUGCACCCCACAGAAAAGUAUUAUCCUCUGCGCCCUGAAUUAGCGGAGUCCACGUUUUAUCUUUAUCAUGCAACCAAAGAUCCAUGGUUCCUGGAAGUGGGUGAAUCAAUUGUAGAUUCGCUUAAUUUAUACACCAAAGUUGAAGGCGGGUUCGCAAGCAUUAGAGAUGUCACUACCAUGCAAUUAGAAGAUCAUCAACAUAGUUUCUUCCUUGCUGAAACGUGCAAGUAUCUAUUUCUUCUCUUCGAUGAUUCAUUUUUGGUUGAUGGCAAUUAUAUUUUCACUACGGAGGGCCAUCCUCUUCCGGUAUUGAGCACUUGGCACGAGAGGCUCCCCGAGGCCUACAUCCCAAGCAACUGGACGUUUGUCAAGAGUGAACAAGCAGCAAAAAGAACGAGUGCAAUGUCUAUGCAAGUCUGUCCAGCAACAACGUUGAAAUAUGGGGAUGGAAUUGAACAACAGGUUCAGAGUGCUUGCCACAUCACUGACAUUCGUGGCGACCACAGGUGUUUGGUAGAUGAGGAUUGUGGGGUCGAUGCAAUCACUUGUAGGCGAAGGUCUUGCAGCAUGGCUGGAUACUGUGGCCUAUGGUUGUCCAUAUGAAACACUGUAAAACCCGAUAUUCUUUUUGCAAGAAGGAAAUAAAUGCUGUUUCUGAGGUCAGAGAGUUGGCGGGUAUGUAUUUUAACACCAGUUCUGUGAGAUAGGGAAAGGAGAAAGAAUAGACUUGUUGCACAUAUCCCCGAUACUUAAUACGUACUUUUGUUUACUCAAAUCUGGUUAGAUAGUAUAGGAAACAGUUUUUUGGUUGUUCUGAAAAGGGUUUGUAAAACUGUUACUUGCAUUCUGCUUAGAUUAGCAAGCUCAGAAGAAACUAAUUCAAUGUGAGAUCUGUUUUAAGGAUUUAUUUUUGAAA